AGUGCUGGGAUUACAGGCGUGAGAUCCACUGCGCCCAGCCAAAGCUGCUAUUUUUUAAAAGCGGCAAUGAACAUUCUUGUACAAGUCUUUGUACGGACAUACAGUUUAGGUAAAUACUUAGUAGAAGAAUAGCUGGGUCAUAUGCUGGGUGGAUACUGAACUUUUUCAGAAACUGCCGCUCCUCUUCAAAGUGACUGCACCAUUUUAUGUUCCCAACAGCAGUACAGGAGAGUUUCAGGUCUACACAAACCCAUCCAUACUUGGUAAGACCCAACAAGCUUAACAUUUCAAGGGAAGGUGGACUUAGGGAGGCGCCAGCGGGAGGCAACAUCAAUGCAGUUAGCUACACGGGCCUGAAAACUGGAGGCCGCGACAAGUGUCGCUGAGUGGAGGCCCAGUAAGUCCCACCCACUAGGCCAGCCCGAGCGCGUCUGCCACGCCCUGCUGCAUUCCGCGGCGAGAGCGCGCGAUAGGAUUGGCUCUCAAGGCCCCGCCCCAACAGGUCGCCGCGCAGGGUGACCCGGAAGCAGUUGCACCAGCAGCGUCGCGCGGCCCAGUUCCCUUUUCCGGUCGGCGUGGUUUUGCGAGUGGAGUGUCCGCUGUGCCCGGGCCUGCACCAUGAGCGUCCCGGCCUUCAUCGACAUCAGUGAGGAAGAUCAGGCUGCUGAGCUUCGUGCUUAUCUGAAAUCUAAAGGAGCUGAGAUUUCAGAAGAGAACUCGGAAGGUGGACUUCAUGUUGAUUUAGCUCAAAUUAUUGAAGCCUGUGAUGUGUGUCUGAAGGAGGAUGAUAAAGAUGUUGAAAGUGUGAUGAACAGUGUGGUAUCCCUACUCUUGAUCCUGGAACCAGACAAGCAAGAAGCUUUGAUUGAAAGCCUAUGUGAAAAGCUGGUCAAAUUUCGCGAAGGUGAACGCCCAUCUCUGAGACUGCAGUUGUUAAGCAACCUUUUCCACGGGAUGGAUAAGAAUACUCCUGUAAGAUACACAGUGUAUUGCAGCCUUAUUAAAGUGGCAGCAUCUUGUGGGGCCAUCCAGUACAUCCCAACUGAGCUGGAUCAAGUUAGAAAAUGGAUUUCUGACUGGAAUCUCACUACUGAAAAAAAGCACACCCUUUUAAGACUACUUUAUGAGGCACUUGUGGAUUGUAAGAAGAGUGAUGCUGCUUCAAAAGUCAUGGUGGAAUUGCUCGGAAGUUACACAGAGGACAAUGCUUCCCAGGCUCGAGUUGAUGCCCACAGGUGUAUUGUACGAGCAUUGAAAGAUCCAAAUGCAUUUCUUUUUGACCACCUUCUUACUUUAAAACCAGUCAAGUUUUUGGAAGGCGAGCUUAUUCAUGAUCUUUUAACCAUUUUUGUGAGUGCUAAAUUGGCAUCAUAUGUCAAGUUUUAUCAGAAUAAUAAAGACUUCAUUGAUUCACUUGGCCUGUUACAUGAACAGAAUAUGGCAAAAAUGAGACUACUUACUUUUAUGGGAAUGGCAGUAGAAAAUAAGGAAAUUUCUUUUGACACAAUGCAGCAAGAACUUCAGAUUGGAGCUGAUGAUGUUGAAGCAUUUGUUAUUGACGCCGUAAGAACUAAAAUGGUCUACUGCAAAAUUGAUCAGACCCAGAGAAAAGUAGUUGUCAGUCAUAGCACACAUCGGACAUUUGGAAAACAGCAGUGGCAACAACUGUAUGACACACUUAAUGCCUGGAAACAAAAUCUGAACAAAGUGAAAAACAGCCUUUUGAGUCUUUCUGAUACCUGAGUUUUUAUGCUUAUAAUUUUUGUUCUUUGAAAAAAAAGCCCUAAAUCAUAGUAAAACAUUAUAAACUAAAAAAA